AUGUCAAUUGAAAGUGAUACAGAUCCAGAAAAUAGCGGAGUCCAUAUAAGUGCAUCACUACGUGAUGUUCUAUUUGAUCCAGUAUUUGCAUGUGCUGCAGCAGCUGCUGGUAGUCCAACAGUUGGUGGAAUCAGUUCAGUUAAUACUAUUAAUGGACGUUUACAACAGUAUAUACAAUCACUCGAUCCUGACGUUCAAUUAUCAACACUCAAUGAAUUAUGCUCUGGAAGUUUCAAAAAAUAA